AUGUCCGACCUCUCCCCCACAGGCCCCGCCCAACCAACGCAGCAACAAGCCUACGAAACAUCCGGCAACCCCGCCAGCCAGGAGCCCGCCGAAGCCUCCGCCGCAAAACGAGGCUCCGAAGCCGCAGCCGACGCCCCCAAGACCGACCAGCGGGUGCCCUCGCAGCAGACCAGCAGCGUCGAUGAGGCAACACCCAACGCGAUGGGGCGGGGAGUGAGAGGUGCUGGGCCCGGAGAAGAGGCAGAGGGCAAGACGCACGAGGAUGUGGGGCGCCACAAGGAGCUGGAUGGGCAGCAGAUGGCCGCGCCGGGGGAGGGGAGGGUGGCGGAUGCGGUGGACGAGAAGAAGGGGGCGAGUGGGAAGCAGGAGGAUUUCGUGAGUGAUUUGGAUAGGAAGAAAGCUGAGCAGGCACCGGCACGGGAGGCGAUGAAGGCGCAGAGGAAGGAGGAGGUUGAUGUUGGCGGCAUCUUGGGACAGCGAGGAGGACCGGCGAACCCUGUGGAUAAGAACAACUACCCGAACAGCGGAGACUAG